AUGGCUUCAUCCAACACCAACACCCCUCAAACUGAAUUCGCCACUGUCGAAGAAACCCGUGAUUUAGCCGCCUCUUUCGCCGCUUCUCUUCAACAACAACAAAAUCACGGUAGCAAUGCCAACCCCAACGAAGAUGGUAUCUCUGCCAGAGAUUGGGCUUUGUUCCGCGAUCCUGUUCUUCACAAUGAACGUCUUGAAGCCAUUCGUCAAAAGAAGGGUUAUAUCAUCGAUAUGGAUGGUGUUAUCUAUCACGGUUCCAACUUAUUGCCUGGUGCUAAGGAAUUUGUUGAAUUCCUAGAAAAGAACAAUAAAAAGUUCCUUUUCUUGACCAACAACUCUGCUCCUACUCCCCGUGAAUUGAAGCAAAAGUUAGAACGUCUUGGCAUUGAUGUUACUGAAGAUCACUUCUUCACUUCCGGUCAAGCUACUGCUUACUUCCUUGCUUCUCAAAUGCCUGAGGGUGGUACCGUUUAUGUUAUUGGUGAACCUGGUCUUUCUUGGGCUCUCUACGAUAAGGGUUUCUUCAUGAACGAUCACAACCCCGAUUACGUUGUUUUGGGUGAAUCUUCUGCUUAUAACUUUGAAAAGUUGACUAAGGCUGUUCAACUCGUUCAAAACGGUGCCAAGUUGAUCUCUACCAACUUGGAUGUUGAAACCCUCGACUCUCAAGGUCGUAAGAUCCCUGCCACUGGUGCUUUCACUGCUUGUGUUGAAUUGGUCACCAAGACCAAGGCUUUCUACUGUGGCAAGCCUUCUGCUUUGAUUAUGCGUUAUGCUCAACGUGUCCUUGGUUUAUCUCGUUUGGAAACUUGUAUCAUUGGUGAUCGCAUGGAUACUGAUAUUGUUGCUGGUAUCUCCUCUGAAAUCGAUCCCGUCCUUGUCCUUUCUGGCGUCACUGAAAUGAGCGACCUCAACCUCUUUGCUUAUCAUCCCUACGUCAUUUUGGGCGGUGUCUAUGAAAUCCCUAACGAUGAUGAUAAGAACAAGGUUUCCGAUAGUGACCUUGAAGAAGCCAGCAGACGCGCCUCUUAUCUUUAA